UUGUUCUCCCUUCCCUCCUUAUAUAGCUUCCCUCCUCUCUCCUCCUCCCUCACGCCCGCCGCCAGCGCCUCCGAGCCCCAUCCUGCAAUGGGAUCCCUCGCCGCCCCGCGGGAAGCUUUGCUGCCCCUCAGCUACCCGCCGGCCCGCCGCGACGAGUCUGUCGUCGAUGAUUACCAUGGCGUCCUUAUUGCCGACCCUUACAGAUGGUUGGAGGAUCCGGAGUCGGAGGAGGUGAAGGAGUUCGUGGAGAGGCAGGCGAGGCUCACCGACUCGGUGCUGGAGAAAUGCGAGGAGAGGGAAAGGCUCCGGCGGCGGAUUACGGCGUUGCACGACCACCCGCGGUACGACACGCCUUUUAAGCGCGGUGGGAAGUACUUCUACUUCCACAAUACUGGCCUUCAGGCGCAGAGCGUUCUGUAUGUUCAGAAAGAUUUGGACGGAGAGGCAGAGGUUCUGUUGGAUCCGAACAAGCUUAGUGAUGAUGGCACGGUAGCUCUCACCUUGUCUUCUGUCAGCAAGGAUGGCAAGUAUUUGGCCUAUGGACUUAGUUCGAGCGGCAGUGAUUGGGUUACAGUAAAGGUAAUGCGGAUCGAGGAUAAGCAACCUGAGCUUGAUACACUCUCAUGGGUGAAAUUCUCAUCAAUUAGCUGGACAAAAGAUGGGAAAGGAUUUUUCUACUGUCGAUAUCCAGCUCCCAGAGAAGGACAUGAAUUGGAUGCUGGGACUGAGAAUAACAUUAAUCUGAAUCAUGAGGUCUACUACCAUUUCUUGGGCAUGGAUCAGUCGGAGGAUAUAUUGUGCUGGAGAGAUCCUGAGCACCCAAAAUAUAUUUAUGGAACUGAUGUCACCGAUGAUGGCAAGUAUGCUCUUCUGUAUAUUGAGGAAGGUUGUAAUCCUACCAAUAAAUUGUAUUAUUGCAAAUUGUCCUUGCUUCCACAUGGUCUUGAAGGCUUCAAGGGGAGAAAUGAAAUGCUUCCAUUUAUCCAACUUGUUGAUAAUUUUGAAGCACGCUAUCUCUUUGUAACAAAUGAUGACACAAAGUUCACUUUUAUGACAAAUAAAGGAGCACCUAGAUAUAAAUUAGUGAGGGUAGACUUCAUCGAGCCAGAGUCAUGGACUGAUGUCCUGCCAGAGGAUGACAAAGAUGUGCUAGAAACAGCCUCUGCUGUGAACAAUAACCAACUUUUGGUAAGUUAUCUUCGUGACGUCAAGUAUGGUUUGCAGUUGCGAGACCUGGAAACAGGAGCUUUGCUACAUGAGAUACCUGUAGAUAUUGGUACUGUCUAUGGGAUUUCUGGUAAGCGUGAAGAUAGUGAUGUUUUUAUUGGCUUCACUAGCUUCCUGUCUCCGGGAAUCAUCUACAAGUGCAAUUUAGCUGCUGGAGUUCCUGAGAUGCAAAUUUUCCGAGAAGCUUUUGUUCCUGGUUUUCAUCGUGAGAAUUUUGAGGUUAAACAGGUCUUUGUGUCAAGCAAGGAUGACACGAGGAUACCCAUGUUUAUUGUCUCGAAGAAGAACAUUCAACUCGAUGGAUCACAUCCAUGUUUAUUAUAUGGCUACGGAGGCUUUAAUAUUAGCCUAACACCUUCAUUUAAUGUGACUCGUCUUGUUCUCACAAGGAACUUAGGAUUUGUGUUCUGCAUAGCCAAUAUUCGUGGUGGUGGUGAGUAUGGAGAAGAGUGGCACAAAGGUGGAUCACUGUCAAAGAAACAAAAUUGUUUCGAUGACUUCAUAGCUUCUGCUGAGUUUCUUGUUUCUAAUGGUUACACCAAUCCGAGACGACUAUGCAUCGAAGGUAGAAGCAAUGGUGGGCUUCUUGUUGCAACUUGCAUGAAUCAGCGACCUGAUCUUUUUGGUUGUGUUCUUGCUCAUGUUGGUGUGAUGGACAUGCUCCGAUUCCACAAGUUCACUAUAGGUCAUGCAUGGACAUCUGAUUUUGGUUGCUCAGACAACAAAGAAGAAUUCCAUUGGCUUAUUAAGUAUUCACCUUUACACAAUGUAAAAAGGCCAUGGGAGAAAGGUGAUAGCCAUCGACUUCAGUACCCAUCCACCAUGCUGUUGACCGCUGAUCAUGAUGAUCGUGUCGUGCCUUUGCAUUCACUCAAAAUGCUUGCAACCAUGCAAUACGUUCUCUGCACAAGUCUCGGCAGCAGUCCACAGAGCAACCCGAUCAUCGCCCGGAUCGAGCGAAAGGGAGGUCAUGGAGCUGGCCGUCCGACCCAGAAAAUGAUUGAUGAAGCUGCCGACCGCUAUAGCUUCGCGGCCAAGGUGAUGGAGCUCUCAUGGACCGAUUAAGCUCGAUGUGGAACAUGAGAUUAAGUAGUUUAACAUGAAAAGAGGCUCUUCUUUUCUACUUUUCUUCUAUUCUGAUAACAUGAAAAGCUUCCUGUAAUGUGUUACAUGAGUAAUAUGGCUGUUUGUAUCUGUCAUGCAUGUAUCAGUUUUGUGUCUUUA